UUCAUAGGGAUGAGUUGCUGCCAUGUGUCUGUAGCCCAGGAAGCCCGGGCUGGAACAGCACGGGUCCUGGUGACCGAACUCAGUGGAUCAGGAUUAAUUAACCCAUCUCCUGCUUCCAAACCCUGUGAAGAAUCUGAACCAGCAGUGGAGCCUUACCUCUCUCCAGAAACGCUGAAGUCACUAUGUGGAACUCAGGACCUCGCUCAGGUGACCUCAUUGGAGAUCUGCGUAGACACACGAGAAACCACACUGAGCAGGACUGGUGCCUACUUGCCAAAGCUGGAGCAGCUCAAAAUGAACAACAGCAUUAUAACGUCAGUAAGAGACCUUGGAACCACCCUAUCCCACCUGCAGGUGCUGUCAAUGCUUCACUGCUGCCUGCAAGAUCUCACUGGCAUUUCUAAAUUAUCAUCUCUCAAGGAGUUGUACAUGGCCUAUAACAGUGUAUCUGACCUGAGCCAGGUUGGCAUGCUGGAGAACCUGCAGUUGUUAGAUCUGGAAGGGAAUGAGGUGGAUGACCUAGUCCAGGUUCAGUAUUUGGGGUUGUGUGGCAAACUUCAAAAACUCACCUUGGAGGGAAAUCCAGUGUGUGUGCGACCAAACCCAGCUGCUACACAGACUGCAUACUACAGUUAUCGGCAUGCAGUGAGGGAGUUGAUCCCUCAGCUGUGUUACUUAGACAGCGUGCGGGUGGAGGACAGCAGGCUGAGCUGUGCCAUGGGAGAAGACUGGGCUAUUCUCCUAAACUCCAUCAGAGACUGCAACUCUUCCCCUGCUCUUGUUGAAGACGAAGGCACAGUAGAUGGUGAAUGUACUUCCACCAGGCCCAGCUCUGCCAGACACCCUGCAUCCAGCCUGUCCUGUGUCUGGUCCUCCAGACCCACAUCAGCAACCAGGUCUGGAAUUCUCUCUCCUCCUGCAUCCAGACCUGGUUCUUCCGACUCAGAUCUAGCCGUAGUGGAAGCAGAGACCAGCAUCCUGACACAUGGAGCUGGAAAUAUAGUGUUUUGUGGAAACCCUGUGAAGGCUAUUCGAGCAAAACGAAAGAAAUUGAUGACAGCACCUGCUGAAUCUGUCUUUACCCACCAUAACCUCCCUGUCCAUGUAGCAGAAAACACAUAUGACCACGAUGAACUUGAUGGGAGGGACCAAAGUGAUGUGUUUGCUGAGCUUAGAGCUUGGAGGGAGCAACAGCACCACAGGCGUAUCCAGGCCACUGAGACAGACAUACCACAAGUGCUGACUAUUCAGCAUAGUGAAGAAGGUGAUAGGGAAGGUGAAGAUGAAGACAGUUUUAUGAGUGAUAGCAGUGAUGAAGAAGAAGAAGAGCACAUAGACAUUAAAGAUACUAUGUCAUCAGAUUCCUCUUUCCUGUCUCUGUCUCCAGACACACCAAAGACACCAUCUCCCCCUCUGAGCGCUACGGCACCUACUGCUAAUCGGAGGCCACCAGGGGUCCGUGCACGUAGGCUCCUACUUAGCCAGGUCAAUGCUGAGCCCUUACUGCAUUCCAGCACCUCAGGGUGCUCGUUCAGAGCUGCUGCAACCAGAGCCGACACAGGCCUGACCAUCCAGGGGAACCCAGGAGAGAUGAGCGCCAGUGAACCACUGCUGCCCCUGCUCACACUCACACCUCUUCCACCAGGAAAAACUACCUCAAGAGGAGGCCUUAUGGAGUCACGUGCAAAGACGGAUUUAUCCGGUGUACAGUCUCACAUCAAACACCAGAUGAUGUCGAGACUUGCCAAACAGAUAUUGAACUGAUUACUUGUCGUCGUCAUACAGCCGGAGCAGCUCUGCAGAAACAUCACCAACACCACAUACUCCAGUCCUGCAGAGGGAGCUCACAGCCAGCCCGACACUGGAUCGUGCUGAUGA